UUAAGAGUUGUUUUCAUUUUGAGCACGACUUCUUUUCCCGAUAGUGCCUGGCAGGAUUGGUAUUAUUAGAGCGCAUGAGAGAAGUGGACACGCACUUUUCGUGGACCUGACUUCUUUACUGCGUUCUGUCUGACCUUCAGAGCGGACAGAGCAGAAGUGAUGCAGCACACACACACACAAGCAGAGGCCGUCCCAAUGUGUGCACAGGUAUAUACACAGUUUCUUUUAUUGGGUUACUUGUCCUAUAGUAUACACAGACAAGCUUAGCUUGUAAGUGAGAUUUUUUCAGUCUUCUGACAGCCUCGGAUUCAUAAAAUGCUCUUAUGAUAUCAGUCUCGUGUCUUAAGAGAAGUGGCCGUGGUUAGCUGAUAGACAGGGCCAGGCUGACAUGUCACAUGAGGGGGUGUGGUGGUGUUGAUCUGAUUUAACCUAGCCAUUGCAGGUGUGUGGAGAUGUAUUGAGGAUUGAUACAGGAAGCAGAGGCGGAGAGCCUCAAGCGGACGGACGCUACAGGCCACACAUGCUGGAGACAAACAUUUUGGAAGACUGAUUCUUAUUGAGAGACAUUUUCUUUUUUCCCACAACACGACUUUUUGUAAAUACACCUUUUAAAACCUGAACCACAACAUGGAGAGCGGGCUUGCUGAGUCCCGACACCGAUGAAGGGCUGGUGCAGACCCGACGGCAGAGAGGCUGGGACGCACAUCUAAGCGUGCUGGCCGUCUCGAUGAGGAAGACACCAAAAGCUAGCAGGCCCAGCUCCGAAAGGCGGAACGCUAAACGACACAGCGGCUGGAUUGAAAUCCACUUUCUUCAGCAUCCAGACAUGUAGUCAGCAGCAUAAGCAGAGCGUACUUCCUCUUGUGAACUCUUUUUCCUCUCAAACAGCUUCCUCUACCUUUUCGGGCUGGACUGCGGUGCAUUGACGUCGGCUCGCCCUCCCCUGCCCCCUCGCCCCCCAGCAAUGGCCUCACGCAUUGGCCUGCGGAUGCAGCUGAUGCGAGACCAGCUGCAGCAAGAGGAGCAGCGUGAGAGGCAGCAGAUACAGCAGCAGCAGCAGAAUGCAGCCCUGCAAUACAUGCAGCAUUGCAUGGCUGGGCCACCUGCACCUACCCCAGCCAUUAGCACCCCACAGCAUCAACAAAGCAUGCAGGUCCCCGUUGAGGUUCUUAAGGUACAGACCCACCUUGAGAAUCCUACCGACUACCACAUCCGUCAGUCUCGGAGGCAACAGGUGAAAGAUUACCUGUCCACCACCUACGCUACCAAACAGACAGUCCAUGCAGUAGUAGGGCCGGUGCCGCCCUCUCCUCCCACAAACAUGGGACCUACAGGGGGUUCAGCGUCUGCCCCCCCACCCCUUCACUCCCCACACUUUCGCACUGAGCAGCUCAUGUCUGGAAACAGCGCCCCAAACAGCCCCAUGGCCAUGCUCAACAUCUGCUCCAGUCACGAGACAGAGAUGGAUGACGUCAUUGAUGACAUCAUCAGCAUGCAGUCCAACUACGACGAGGCAUACAUUGACCCCAUCCAGAUGCCAAACACAGAGUCCAUACAGUUUUACGCAACGUCUAAAGUGCAAGAGUUAGGAGACCACUCCACAGGUGUGAGUUCAGGAGCUGGAGAAGGCAGAGGAGAGAAACAAGCCAUAAAGAGAGAUAAGCUUCCCCUGUCAAGCAGUCACCUGGAUGUGUAUACAGGUCCGGGGAUGAAGGGUCCAGCCAUUGCUAUGACCAGCAACUCCUGUCCUGCCAACCUGACCGUCAAAAGAGAACUGUCAGACGCAGAAGCCCGUGCGCUGGCCAAGGAGAGACAGAAGAAAGACAACCACAAUCUGAUUGAAAGGAGGAGGAGAUUCAACAUCAAUGAUCGUAUCAAAGAGCUGGGCACCAUGAUCCCCAAAACCAAUGACCUUGUGCAUAGUGACGUGCGCUGGAACAAAGGCACUAUACUGCGGGCGUCUGUGGAGUACAUCAAACGCAUGCAGAAGGAUGCACAUAGGUCAAGAGAGGUGGAGAACAACUUCAAAAGGAUGGAGAUGGCAAACAAACAACUGAUGCUACGCAUUCAGGAGUUGGAGAUGCAGGCUCGUAUACAUGGCCUGCCCAGCAACUCUCCUUCUGCCCUGAACCCGCCUGACCUGAUGCCUUCGUAUAUAAAGCAAGAGACCAGCCCAGAGGAGAACCUCUCUCACCCCCUGGCACACGCCCACCACCAGCCCCAGCACUUACCCCAGAACCAGGGUCAUCCCCAGGCCCAGCAGCACCACUUCCUCCCGCAAACCCACCUCCACCCCCAGGGCCAGGUUCAGCAACAGCACAGGCAGCUGCCCCCGCUCCCCCAACACCUGCAGCAGCCCCAGCCACCCAUCCAGUACCCAGCUGUAGGCAGCUCCCAGCCCUUUGACUUUACCCAGUCGCUGGACUUGUGUGAUGGGAUACCCGGCUUCUCAGACGGCAUGUCGGGGCUAGGCGACCUGGGCGGACUGGAUGUCCAGGGGACGAGAGGCGAGAUGGGCUUCCUGAUGAUGGACGAGCCCUUGUCCCCUAUGGGAGGAGACCCACUGCUCUCUGCGAUGUCGCCUGAAGCCUCGGUCGACUCCAGCCGCAGAUCCAGCUUCAGCAUAGAGGAUGGAGACAUACUGUAGACACAUGCGCGCGCGCGCACACACACACACACACACACACACACACACAUUCACAUGCACAAGCACAUGCAGAUGCAGAGGUUUCAGAAAGGUUUCAGUAAAAAUGUAAAAAAGCAUUAAAAGUGACAGUUCAUCAGCACAACACAUUUACAGCACAUAGGGCAGAAAGGAAUCUGCCACCAGACAUGACAUCAUUCACCCAGCACACACACACACACACACACACUCACAUAUAUAUAUGUAUAUAAUAUAUACAUCACACAAUUUGAACAUACACCGAUGACACUCAUUUGUGGUACAAUUAUUUCCCCUUAACGACACGAGCAAAAGAAGGUACACGGCCCUCACACAGUUGAAAAUAUUCUGUAUAGUGCAAACGUUUGCACGCACACACACACGCGCAUGUGAGAUAAACUGUGCAGCUUGAAACUUUGCCCAACAGAGCAUUUACAAGGUGUGAACCAACGCUGCCAGGUCAGGAGUUAUAUAGUGUAGCACACGUGGCCUUGUUUCCAUAAAGGUGACUCUGAAUCAUAAUUGAACCAGGGACAAAACCAGCAGUUAAUUAGAUUGACGUUAUCAGAUACAGGGACAACCGAGUGCAUUGUCUCACUUGAUAGAGGACAAGUUAUUUUCUCCUUACAUCAACCUCUUUUAGUAACCAUAAAUGAUUGAGUAAGCGAUAGUGAAUAAAAUGGAAAUAGCUUCAUGGUCCUACAUGCAUAAUUGAUCUUAAGGGGAUGCAGUCCAGUCACAUUGUUCUCUUCCACCAUCUGUUAUUCCAGUGUCGGCUUUAGACUCUAGCACAAGCUGUUUGGUGUUUGACAACGAUCUGCGUUAGCCUGCUAAGCUGAAAUGUGUUCUUCAAGUGUCCACAUUUUAGGAAACAUUUUAAAACUCACUGGAGGAGGCAGAUAAUCCAGCAUUCAGCAAAGCCCCUUUUAAUUUAUUGCAUAUACCCCACUUCUAGCUGUAAUUGUGGUCUUCUCACAAACGCAUACACAUGCAAACACACACUGCUGUCCCUCAGUUUCUACACCUUUCAACACUUGACACUGCCAUGACCUUUGUAGAGUAGAGAAUAGUAGAGUAGAGAAAACAUUUGGAUGGUCUCCAGAAUACAGCGUGUCGUCCACAACUGUGAGGUGUCAAAAUACUCAGGUACUGUAACAGAAUACACAAGCCGGAUAAUUUUUAAGCAGUAGCAGAUGUUAACCUGAACUGUGUCCGGCUCACGACCCCUAUCAAUGUGCCUUUUCAUUUUUGCAGCUGCUGCUCUUCAAAGGCGUGUUUUUAUAGGUUGGAGAUCCUAACCAGAGUUUAGAUUUUAAUAUCAACUUCAAUUAUGCCUGUAAAUGCUUUAGAUUUUGCUUCUGUACCAUCUAUACCUUUGUUGUUGCAGGAGAUAAACGUUUAAUUUUUCUCUCACUAAUUGAAUUUGUAAUGGCCCAGCUUGCAUGAGAGGCCCAGGUGAAGGAAAUAUUUGGUGACAGGGUUUAAUACUGUAGAGAGAAAGAGUUAGUUUGUCGUAGCUGGCAGCAUACGUAGCGUAGUCGUCACUGUAAAAGCACACACUUGCAUUCACGCUGUCACUCGGUUGACAAACAGGCACGCAUUAAACCUGCAGAUGCUCACCUAGUACACACACACACACACACACAUGUAUGAUGAACACAUACAAACAAUAAAUACAGUGCAGCCGUGAGGCUGUUUUCAGAUCAGCUUGUGAACAAGUCUCCUGUGCGUCAGUCUCUCCCCCGGACGAGCUGAGUGAAGCUGCCAGCUGCAGAGGUGAAACUCAGGUCUGCUGUCCGAAGUGCCACCUAAUGGAAAUCUGCUAUCCUACUGGUUACAGUGGUCACGCCGAUGGUUGGGGAAGGCCGAGUUGGACCUGACUUGUAUCUCUGCUGUGGUAGACCUGGGGCUUGGCUGUGAUUUGAUAUAGCUUAUGAUCAGUACUGAUAAAAGUAGGAAAAAAAACAAAAAACAUUGAUGGUCAUCACGUGAUUUUUCUUCUUUUUUUGUUUGAUUAAAAGAAGUGUUUGUUUUCUUUAUUAUUAUUAUAGUUUGUUGUUUAUUAUUAUAUCUCCCAAAGCACUGGAAACUAUAUUGUUGUUUUGACUUUGUACAUGGAAGAAUUAUUGAAUAAGAUUUAUUUCAGAUGUUAUAUGCCACUAAGCCACUUAAAUGUAUUUUAUUUGUGUUUGUUUUAGUUCUAUUUCAAUUUUAUUCCAAAACUACCCUUUUUUUUUUUUUCCUCAGAGCCAUUUUCAGUAUGCACACUGUAAAGGCACACUAGCCACCAAUGUUUUAUUGGAGAAGGAGUAUGUUGCCGUUUAUAAACUUCCAGAUUUCAACUGACUUUAUGAAGAGGUUAUGUACAUUUAUGAUGCCAUUUUUAUAUGAUUGGGUUUUUAUUUUUGUCUCUAUUUUAAUUUUUUUUGGAGCCAAACAGAAACUUGAUCAUUUGAUUUGAUUGAUUUAAAAUUGCUCAUUGUAUGAAUGUAAGCUUUACUACUGGUUCUGGUCGGUUCCUCCCUGACUUUGGUUUCCAUGGAGAGUGGAAGACGACUGACUUCACAUAAACUCUGAGACGAGGAGUUGUGGUUGCCAUGGCGUGCUAUCACUGGCUCUGCGUUGGUCUCUGUCUGUCUGCCAGAGUUGUGCCUUUUCCCUAUCAGCCACAGUUUGACUUAGGUUGUACUUUCACCAAGCCAACACUCCAAAGAGCUGCUCAGGCCUCAUCUACUCUUCCACUAGAGGGCGCUCUGCAGGCAAACUACACAGGGAAAAGUGGUUCUGAUUUUACUGAGAAUAUAAAAUGUUUUACCAGAAUCCA